ACACGAGGCCCGUGUGUUCUGGAUUGCAGCUUGAUAGCUUCCAUAUGCAGAGCCGACCUCCUUCCUCUUCCUCUGCAGAUCCCGCCCCGUGUCACACAGGACGAGGGGUGCCUGUUCCUAUUUCGCUUCUCAGUGAGUCAUCCACAGCUGAGGGAGGGGAGCGCGGUGCAGCCCGGAGCCCGGGACACUGAGGUUCACGAUCAUGUUCAUCUGGUUGCACCUCCUCGUCCUCGCCGCCGCGUGGCCCUGCGUGUGGCCCUUCAGGAUUUGCGCCUUCAACGCCCAGCACUUCGGGGAGAAAAAAGUGGCCAAUGAGGACAUCCUGAAUGUUGUGGUCAAGAUCGUGCGGCGAUGCGACAUCUUCCUGCUUCAAGAAGUGCACGACCCCAAGGGGCUCGUCGUGUCCAAACUCAUGGGCGCCCUCAACAGACCCGAGGACCCGUUCUUGGCCAUCAGCAGCCCUCCCAUCGGCCGGAAGUCCUACAAAGAACAGUAUGUCUUCAUCUAUAGGUCCUCCAGGAUCACAGCGAAAGAUCAGUACAAGUAUGAAGACAACGAUCCGUCGGCGCCGGACGUGUUCGCUCGGGAGCCGUACGUCGUCCGCUUCGGUCUGGAGUCGGCAGCUCUGCAGGAUCUGGUCGUGAUCCCACAGCACACGGAGCCUGACAAAGCCCCGACGGAACUGGAAGCUCUGUACGACGUCUUCCUGGAUGUCCGGAGCCGCUGGAGAUGUAAAAACGUCGUUCUCAUGGGCGACUUUAACGCCGGCUGCAGUUACCUGUCCAAGAAGAAGACCAAGACCCUCCGCCUGCACAAAGACCCGGAUUUCCACUGGCUGAUCAGCGACGGCACCGACACGACGGUGAAAGAGAGCACUAGCUGCCCGUACGACAGGAUCGUGGUUUACGGACAGGAACUAACAGAUCUGGUCAGGUCGUCCGGAAUAUACAACUUCACCAAGGAGCUGCGCCUCACUGAAGCGGAGGCCCUGAAAGUCAGUGACCACUACCCGGUGGAGAUGGAUCUGGAUCUGGUUCUGGAUCUGGAUCUGGUUCUGGAUCUGGGGGGCUGCAGGACUCUCCUCCCAUCACUCGCGCUCAUUAUUCUCAGCCUCUCGGCCGCCUGUGGUUUUGGGGACUUGCUGUGAGAGGUGACAGUCCUGCAGCACAGAUGACUAGCGGCUGGGUCCACCUCUUCAGGACUCUGCCGACGUGUGCCAUGAAGAGCAACGUAACGUCUACAAAAAUUAGAAAGGUCAAGAGACGAAGAACCUGCUCGUGGCCGAACACGACGACUGCGUUGAGGAAACUGCUCCUUGAGGUUGGAAUGUUCAUACCGUCUUCCACGCCUCUUCAGGAGCUGUCGGACAAACUUUCGUUCAUCAGACAGCUAUUGCUCUCGAACUUCCCGUGCACAUGCAUGCUUGGUUCGGCUGAGCAUCCGAGUCCUCCGACAACUCUACCUCUCUGGAUCUUCUCUUGGACUGUCAGGCGAUACCACUCAGGGAUAAUUAUGUAUGAAGAGGUUGCCACACCUGCUUCUCAAGAAUGGGGGGGUCUCCCAGCCUCACCUCGUGAAUGGAGCGGUGGCCGCACAUGCAUCAAGUCAAUGGAAGUUUCAAAAAAUAGCCAAGCAUGCUUACUCAGUUAUUUUCGGAACUCCCAUAGAAGUGAAUGGAGAGUGCCACGCGUGUGCGCCAACCUCUACAGACAUGGGGGUUGAGGGACCCCUGUUCUCAAGAUAGGUGCAGGGACCUGUAUACCUAUAUAUCAGGGAUGUCCAACCUGCGGCCCCUUCAGCUGUUGCGAAACUUAAACUCCCAGCAUGUCCUGAUAGCUGUAGGGAUGAUGGAAGUUGUAGUCUUGCAACAGCUGGAGGGCCGCAGGUUGGGCAUUCCUGAUGUAUAUGAUAGGUGGAACCCAACCAAGAUGGCUCCUCAUAAUGACGUCUGCAGCAUGAUAUCAUGUUGCCACCAGGUGGCGACGUGUUGAUGUGAUGCAAUGCCCUCUGGUGGCAGAAGCAGAAAAUACAACUACUGUAUAUUACUGUCAUUUAUAUACAGUAUUUUAUAGUAUUAAUUUCUCCUGCACUGCAGAAUAUGGUGUUCGGUCCGAGGUCCGGACGUCAUGACACGUGCCAGUGAAUCUCCACUGCAGUCUUUUACUUUGAAGCCUCCUUAGAUGUCACAAUCAUGUCAUUGGCAGCGGGCAGUGCUAA